AGCGAGGUAUACUUGAACGUCUGAAUGCGGGUGAGGUCGUCAUCGGAGAUGGUGGGUUUGUUUUUGCGUUAGAGAAGAGAGGUUACGUCAAAGCAGGACCGUGGACGCCUGAAGCGUCAGUUGAACAUCCUGAAGCAGGUAUAUUCAAUAUUCUUGAAUUUGGCAGUCUAGCUUAUCCAUAGUUUAUAUCGGAAUGUUUCUCCAAUUGUACUAUAAUAACACUGCAUCAAUAAGGACUUGUAACUGUUACAGCACCUCUGAAGAGAACUGGUAUGAACUAUCCAGUAUAAAUAAAGUUGGUUUAAUUUUUUCCUCCUGUCAUCACACUGGAACAAUAUGAGAUGUCACUUAAUACUGGACCUCUAGGAAGAACAGUUUAGAACUGAUAGAGCUAUCCAGUAUAAAUAAUGUUUGUUUAGUUUAGGUUUCCUCCUAUAGUAACACUGUCACUGGACCUCCUAAGGAGAACAGUUUAGAACUGAUAGAGCUAUAUAUAUACAGUCUAAAGCUAUGUAAAUAUUAAUUGAUUUUUGCUCAUUCAUUUUGUAGUUCUGCAGUUACACAGAGAAUUCUGUCGUGCUGGAUCAGACAUUGCGCAAGCAUUCACAUUUUAUGCCAGUGAAGACAAGCUAGAUAACCGAGGAAACGAUGCUGGCAAAAAAAUAGGGGUUGGUUUUAACAAUUCAGGAUUUUAUUGUUAAUAUUACAGGAUAAAUGUGACCAUUCAAAUGCAUGUGGUGAUCAUCGAUUGCUUGGCUUUGAUUCCUGAUAUUUUCAGUUGUCUGAUUAUAAUUGAGGUUAUUGUAAGGCUUUUUUAUGGCUGUUAAUACAACAGCCCCAAUCUUGAAUUGAGUUUUGAAACUCAACCAUGAUCAUCAAAAGGUUGAGUCCAAUAAAGAUGAAGUUGCUCAAGUUUUUCUAAAAGCAUAUGUAAAGAAGGCUAAAAAGGUUCUGUGGCCUUCACCCAUACUCUAUGGUCCUUAAUGUACUCCAUUCAUGAUCCUAAAUUUUCAUUUUAGGUCAAGUCUGUGAACCAAGCCUCGUGUGAUCUUGCCAAACAAGUUUCAAAAGAAUUUGGGUGUCUUUGGCUGGGUGGUUUGAGUCAGACUCCAACAUAUUUGAGUGACGGAAACAAAGAAAAAGUUCAGGAAGAAUUCAGAAAACAAACCAAAGUUUUUGUCGAGAAUAAAGCUGAUUUCCUGCUAGCUGAGGUAUGGAUUGUACUGUAAAUAUAUGCUAUAUUGUACAAAAUCUAACUUGGUUUGUGUCUCUGCAAUUAAUUUCUAUCUUUAAUAAAUUUUUCCAUGAAGUAUUUUGAGCAUGUGGAAGAAGCAGUGUGGGCAGUCGAAGUACUAAAAGAGACUGGGCUACCUGUGGCAGCUAGUCUGUGUAUCGGCCCAGAGGGUGACAUUCAUGGUGUCCCGACUGGCGAAUGUGCUGUACGUUUGGUUAAGGCUGGUAAGUAUUCUGUUGAACCAUAGUUAAUAGAGGGGAUGGUUUGGAAACUCAUUAGCAUUACAAUAAACCUCACUAUCUAUGUUUUUGUUCAGGUUUAUGCAAAAAUGUGGUCUUUCAUUGUCACGUGCGUAUUGUAUUUUUGGUCAACCAGCCAAUAGCAACGGUUUUGUCCAAUUGCUCAUCCAUGACUUUAACAAUAGGACAUUUUGAACAUUCCUAUUGGUUGACUUGAGAAAAAUACAAUACGCACGUGACGAUGAAAGACCACAUUUUUGCAUAAACCUGAACAACAUAGAUAAUGAGAUUUAUUGUGAUUUUAUUGUAAUGCUAACGAGCUUCCAAACCAUCUCCUCUAUUAACUAUGGUUGAACCCAUUGUGUUGGUGAUACAAUGGUUACUGCAUGCACCUUCUGUGACCAUCAUCAGUCAUUCCUCCAAUAUGCCAUUGUGUAGUUACAACUUGAUUGCAUUGUCUUCAGGUGCGGACAUUGUUGGUAUCAACUGUCAUUUUGAUCCCUUCGUGUGUCUAAAAGCGGUGAAAAACAUGAAAGAAGGUUUAGAUGCAGCAGGAUUGAAAGCUCAUUUAAUGAUUCAGCCAUUGGCAUUCCAUACGCCCGACUGUGGCAAGCAAGGAUUUAUUGACCUACCUGAAUUUCCAUUUGGUAAGUUCCUCUGCGUUUCAUCUGUUCCGGUCCAUGCCCUUCAUCAAAUCUGCAGACACAGGGCUGGAGGAGGCUUCAUAAACUAGGGUGGAUGUGCCAAGGCAGGAACAUUUUAAAAGAAAUAUUCUAGAUUGUUGAAAUGGCAUUCUCGGUGACUUCUCUACCUCUUUCGUUAGGCCUUUUUCAUCAAUUCUUUCAUUAUGAUUUUCAAGUCUAUGCUAUCUAUUAGUCAGCUAUCAGCGCAAGUUUUUAAAAUUCAAUGAUUGGGGAUGUGUGUGAAAGCUAUUCAGGGCCCCCUUCAUAAAAUCUCCCUCACCCCAUCCUUCCUAUGCCCCUCAGAUGACAGAACGCUUACAUAUCAAGCUGCAAGAACUGCUACUUUCAAUUGCGUCCCAUAACUUUUCUCAAUCGAUCAUAAACACUGUGUUAAUUAUAACCUCAAUAUAUUAUUACUGUAUUAUUUUUCACACGAUGAAGAAUAGGCGACAGGUUCCCUUCUGCAAUUAUUUGGUUUGCAGAAUUUGUUCACCGUUUUUGCCGCGCUCCCAUCCUCCAUAAGGUCGCUAUACCACCACAUCUUCUCAUCUCUAAUUUCUUCAUUCUAUAAUGCCGUUUUUAUUACGUGUGAAAAAAGCUUUAUGACUUUGGUUAGACCAAUUUUAAGCCUCUCACAUAAUGUUUUGAGUGAAGUAGAAUGGCGUACUCUGACAUUCUUCUCUCUUUAUUCCCAGCUCUGGAACCGCGUAUUCUCACCAGAUGGGACAUGCACAGAUACGCUCGUGAAGCUUACGACUUGGGUGUCCGUUACAUCGGAGGAUGUUGUGGUUUUGAACCUUAUCAUAUCCGUGCCAUUGCGCAGGAGGUAACUAAACUCGCGUUAUUGCUCUAUCAUUCCUAAACUGUUCUCACCAAAUGUCCAGUAAAGCUUGGUUUCCACAUGAUCGUAACGGUCGUAAAGAUUGAGUCACAAUCUUUCUCAUCAGCCGAAAUACAACAUUUUAGGGACUGUUUAUAUGGUCCCGCUUACCCGGGAUUCAAUCAAGUGUGAACUAUUUUGAGCAAUUAAAAUAAGUCGCACUUCAUGAUCUGACAAAAUUGCUUGUUAAAAAUUGUAUGAAAUUCCAUGUUUUAGACAAAAAACAAAUGUUGUUGAAUGUUAUUAAUCGUCGUCUCCCACCACAUAACUCCUAGCGCGUUCCUAUUUUCGUUUAGACAAUGUUUAAAGUUAUCUAACUUUUGUUUAGGGCUGAAACACGUAUUUCAAUUGCUCAAAAUACGUCACACUUCAUUGAAUCCCGGGUAAGCGGGACCCCUUCGAACUCUGAAAAAUACACGGAGUGAUUAUAAAUAGAAUUAUUUGAAUACUUAUGAUUUAUAUGUGGUUUACAGGUAUAACCUAUCACAAACUGGUCGUUGAGAAAGAUCGUGACUCUAUUUUUACGACCGUUUGGAAACUUGGCUUAACUAUCCAUCCCUUAUUCGCGCAGAUUUGAACGCACUACCGUUUUGUAGGUUAACAAAAUCUUCAACGCAAUCUUCCCAACAGUUCAUACAAACAUGGAAAUAUUUCUCUAGAAAUCUUGUCUGGAUCAACACUUGUUUCAUUCUCUAAAGUUUUGAAAUAAACAAAAUAUUAGGUUAAAUUUUAACCUAGGGUUAGCGCUAAACCAGCUCUCCACAACUGGAAGCUAACUAUUUUGGAUUUUAUUUUUCGUAGCUUGCAAAAGAACGAGGUCGUGAAUGUAUUGGCGCAGAAAAACAUGAAGAAUGGGGUAAAAGUCUCGUAUGUCACACAAAACCAUGGGUUCGAGCCAGGUAAACCUUGCUGUUAUAGCGGUGCUCAAAUUUGGACGACUUGAAACCCAUGUGAAAAAAAUGGAAUCGGACGAAUUUGAGGUUCCGAAUUCAAGACGCGUACCUUGUCGUCUUAACCAUGUCUUUCUUCUUUAGAGCUGGCCGUGAAUACUGGGAGAAACUGGAGCCGGCCACAGGUCGCCCGUACUCUCAGUCCUUGGCCCGCCCUGACAACUGGGAGGUGAGUCGUGGCCACACAUUAUUCAAACAACAUGUUGAAGCUACGAGUGCGAAGGAAAUGAGCGAUGUGAAGUCAUUCAGAAAAGGAUAAGACAACAACAAGAAACAACAACAACUUUAGUCUAGUGAAAUAAAUUUCAUUGUGAUUAGUGUGUAUAUCAAUGUAGUAUAUGAUACUAAACAAUCAUUGUAGGCAAAUAAUAAAUGCUUUCUUCCUGUAUGAAGUUUGUUUUUGUAUAUGCCGGCCGAAAAUAAUGUGGGGGGCUUCGGUAUCGUCAGAGCUAUCUCUGAGAUAGUGGGUUUGAUUCUCGC